AUGUCCUGGGAGACAAACAUUCUUGGCUCAGCCAUGAAUAACUGUGUGCUCCUGGAGGAACUGCUGAUCAAAAAAUCCCAGCAGAAGAGAAGGACUUCACCCUCCAACUUCAAAGUGCGCUUCUUUGUCUUAACCAAAUCCAAGCUGGCUUACUAUGAACAGCGCCACGGGAAAAAAAGGACUUUGAAGGGUUCUGUGGAACUUUCCAGGAUUAAAUGUGUGGAAAUUGUGAAAAGUGACAUCAUCAUUCCCUGUCAGUAUAAAUACCCUUUCCAGAUCGUCCACGAUAGCUACCUACUCUACGUGUUUGCUCCCAACCGUGAGAGCCGGCAGAGAUGGGUCUUCACGCUGAAGGAAGAAACUAGAAACAACAACAGUUUGGUUUCAAAGUGUCAUCCAGAUUUUUGGUUAGAUGGCAAGUGGAGAUGCUGUGCCCAGACAGAGAAGAUGGCAGUUGGCUGUGUGGAGUAUGAUCCCUCCAAAAAUGCCUCAAAGAAGCCUCUUCCUCCCACUCCUGAAGAUAACUGGGAAUUGUUUCUAUACCCCAAGGAUGCCUUGGUCAUAGCCAUAUAUGACUAUGAGGCCCAGAAUCCACAGGAGCUGACGUUACAGUAUAACGAGGAAUAUUAUGUGAUAGACAGCUCUGAGGAACACUGGUGGCUGAUUCAAGAUAAGAAUGGGCAUGAAGGUUACGUGCCAAGCAGCUACCUGGUGGAAAAAUCGCCCGAGAAUCUGCAAAUGUAUGAGUGGUACAACAAGAACAUCAGCAGGAGCAAAGCAGAAACUCUCCUCAGGGAUGAGGGUAGGGAAGGUGCCUUCAUGGUGAGAGAUUCGAGGCAGCCUGGCAUGUACACAGUCUCUGUUUUCACCAAAGCAUUAAGCACAGACAACAAUCCUGUUAUAAAGCAUUAUCACAUCAACGAGACAACUGACUUUCCCAAGCGGUAUUACUUGGCAGAAAAGCACGUGUUUGACUGCAUCCCUGACCUCAUCAACUACCACCAGCACAAUGCAGGAGGUCUCGUCACUCGGCUCAGGUAUGCGGUGUCUUCGUGGAGGAAAAAGGCCCCGAUCACCGCAGGGCUGAGCUAUGGAAAAUUGGUCAUUAACGCCUCUGAGCUCACCCGUGUGCAGGAGAUUGGCAGUGGUCAGUUUGGGGUGGUCUACCUUGGCUACUUGCUGGACAAGACGAAAGUAGCCAUAAAGACCAUCCGUGAGGGAGCAAUGUCUGAAGAGGAUUUCAUUGAGGAGGCUAAAGUCUUGAUGAAGCUGUCUCACCCCAAGCUAGUCCAGCUUUAUGGCGUGUGCUUUGAGAACACUCCCAUAUCCCUGGUGUUUGAGUUCAUGGAAAACGGCUGCUUGUCCGACUACCUCAGGAGCCAGCGGGGCACUUUUUCAAAGGAAACCCUGCUGGGGAUGUGCCAAGAUGUGUGUGAGGGAAUGACUUAUCUGGAACAAAACUCUGUCAUCCACAGAGACCUGGCUGCCAGGAACUGCCUGGUGGGGGAAUCCCAGGUGGUCAAAGUGUCCGACUUCGGGAUGUCGAGGAUUGUCCUUGAUGAUCAGUAUACCAGCUCCACAGGGACCAAGUUUCCAGUCAAGUGGUCUGCUCCAGAGGUUUUCUCCUACAGCAACUAUAGCACCAAGUCUGAUGUUUGGUCAUUUGGAGUGCUGAUGUGGGAGGUCUUCAGUGAAGGUAAAAUCCCCUAUGAGAAUCGCACCAAUGCAGAAGUGGUGGAAGAAAUCAAUGCAGGAUUUCGGCUCUACAAACCUAAGCUGGCCUCCAAGGCAAUUUAUGAUGUCAUGAGCCACUGCUGGAGGAUGAGGAAAGACGAGCGGCCACCCUUUUCUCUUCUGCUGUUUCAGCUGAGUGAAAUCUCUGAGUAUGAUCUGUAA